CUCUGGCCGAAUUACACACACAGCCUACACACGGAUUUAUGAGUGCCGCAUUCUGACACUUAGUGUGACGCAUUGGCCGGAAGUACGUCACGGAGCAAGAUGGCGGCUUCCAUUGCAGAUGGUGGCAACGUGACUCCACGAUCGUGAGUUGUACUGGAACGGAUCGGUGGAGUGGAGAGGCCGGAGCAUAGCGCUGAGCUCCUGGUCUUUUGAAGAAUCGAGUUUGCUGAUUUCAGAAGAACGGAGUUAAAAACCCCAAAAUGUCGGGUUACAAGCCUUUGGCGGUACCUUCUUUUCCCAAACUUGGAGAAAAGAUAACACAAGAUACGCUGUACUGGAAGCGAUACAAGACUCCAGUUCAGAUUAAAGAAUUUGGUGCCGUGACGAAAGUAGACUUCUCGCCUAUCCAGCCGUGUAACUUCGCAGUGACAUCAUCUACACGGAUUCACGUCUAUGGGCAGUAUUCUCAGGAGCCUCUAAAAACCUUCUCCCGCUUUAAAGAUACUGCCUACGGCGGCACGUACCGAAGCGACGGGAAGCUGCUUGCCGCUGGCUGCGAGGAUGGUGUGGUCCAGCUGUUUGACAUAAAUGGGAAAGCUGCUCUUAGACAGUACUACGGACAUAAUAAAGGUGUGCAUUUUGUGGACUUCACUUCUGAUAAGUAUCGGAUUGUUUCCGGUUCUGAUGACUACUCAUCCAAGGUCUGGGACAUCCCAAACGGGGCACAAAUUCUUACUUACCAAGAGCAUACAGAUUACGUGCGAUGCGGCUGCACCAGCAAACUGAACGAGGAUUUGUUUGUCACGGGCUCGUACGACCAUACCAUAAAAGUGUUUGAUACAAGAACAGAUAAGAGCGUCAUGACGAUGGACCACGAGCAGCCUGUGGAGAGUGUGCUGCUCUUUCCUUCCGGGGGCCUUCUUGUCUCUGCAGGUGGGCGAUAUGUCAAAGUCUGGGACAUGCUAAAAGGAGGACAAUUGCUGGUGUCCUUAAGAAAUCAUCACAAAACGGUCACCUGUCUGUGUUUGAGCAGCUCUGGCCAGAGGCUGCUGUCAGGGUCGCUUGACAGGCAUGUGAAGAUCUACAGCACAAUGAACUAUAAAGUUGUUCACAGCUUUGACUACGCAGCUUCCAUUCUGAGCCUCGCUUUGGCCCCAGACGAUCAGAUGAUAGUGGUCGGAAUGACCAAUGGAGUGUUGAACAUUAAACACCGUAAAUCCUCGGAGAAAACGCAGUCUCAGGCGGCUGCUAGGAGGCACCCACGAUACCGAACGUUUGUGAGAGGAAAAGACUACCUGCCCAAGCAGGACGAUAUCUUUGUCAGUAAGCCAGUAAGGGAACACUUAAGCAAAUAUGACAAGCUCCUGAAAGGUUUCCAGGUGUCAAAAGCCCUUGACAUGGUUUUAGAGAGCCAAAUUAGGGUCUCAAAGCCUGAAGUCACAGUAGCGGUCAUGAAUGAACUCAAGCGCAGGGGAACUCUUAAAAAUGCUCUUGCUGGACGAGACGAAAAGCAGCUGAGCCUCAUUCUCACCUUCCUUCUAAAAAAUCUGGUAGAACCUAGGUUUGCCCCAAUUUUAGUAAAUGUGGCAGAGCAAAUUAUUGAUAUAUACGCUCCUGUUGUUGGACAGUCUACGAUAAUCGAUAAACAAUUUCUGAGACUCCAAGAUCUCCUAACCAAAGAAAUCAGUUACCAGGAAGAGCUGAUAGAGGUUUUAGGGAUGAUGGACACUCUUUUUGCAACAAUGACAGUAAAGAAAGAAACUGAUUUAGCGGAGAACAAGCCCAUACACAUUCAAGAGCCAGAACACAGCAGCCUCCCCGCCCCAGCGCCAACGGUCUAAGCGGAGGAUUUCAAGUGAACCGCCUUUUGUACCACUUUUAAGAUGUUUUCUUGGAAAACCCUCAUGUCUGUUAGAUGAUCCGCUUCUGCCAUUAUCAGCUAAUGUAUCUUUUCUCUCUAAAAAAGGACUGCAAAUGCCAUAUUGGUGAGAUUUUAAAGACUGUUGUGGUUAUGCAAGGGGAGUCUGUAUUUUUUUACAUGAAGUACCGUUUUGUAGCGUGUCAAAGAUUUGCAUUUUAUAAGAUCAUAACUGGUAGACAAGUUGCUCAUUCCAUGUUUUUUCUUUGACUCAAAGUAUAAAUUAAAAAAAAAAUAUUUGAAGACCCAA